AUGCAGCAAGCUGAUCUGUUGGCGAAGGGAAAGGCAGUGGCAAUCAAACCAUCAGCGUCAAGCGCAGCCACUACGAGUCGUCUCUUGCACGUCCCCCUUGAAGUCCGCCAACACAUCUACGACCUGAUGCUUGCCUUCAAGUAUCAAGACCACUUAAACCUGCUCUGUGUGAACAAGCAGGUCUACGGUGAAGCUAGGGGCUCUUUCUUUCGCAGGCCGCUCGAUUGCAGGUGUCAAAAUGAUCUUGUCGACUUUACGAACAACUGGCCGAAGAGUGUGCAGCAAAGCAUCACCAGUCUGAAGCUGCGACUAGAAGAGGUCGAACCCCAGGCCGUGGCACCUUGGAUGACCGGUCAAGCUAGCCAGCACCCAUACCUGCAGGAGAUUCAACGCAUAACAUCUGCGUUGGGGAAAUUGCCUGGCGUGACGCAUAUGUCCCUUCUCCGGCCCUUGGAGUCUGGCAAGAAUACACCCUCGAGCAUUGUCAUGACCCAGGUCCUCAACUGGAUAGUAGAGCACUAUGCUAAGCUGCAUGUGUUGAAGCUCGAUAUUGAGCAAUGCCAUAUUAGCUGUCUCGGGUCCAUCCAAGAGCUACAAUCGCUCCAGUUCAGCGGGUUCUCAGAAACAAGCGCCACGAGAACGGCGGAAAUGCUCAGCAAGCUAACAAGUCUUGAGAGUCUUUCGGUCACCGGCCCGCCUCACGGCCUUCUCAUGCGACAGAGACAUGGAUAUCAGACCAGGAUUGCCCAGUCCGUCACCCAUCAACUGUUCGAGCGGAUAAGGCCAUUAAGGAGUCUAACCUUGACUCAAAUCACCGAUUCAAGGACAGAUGAGGGCAUAUUCCUGGACCUGAAGACGAUAGAAGCGCUGUAUAAGUUCCACCGAGAAAGCCUUAGAGUACUCAAGAUCUCCUCCAGCACCACUCCUGCUCCGGCUUUCGUCGAAUUUCUCUCAGCUUUCUUACUGGACACGCCGAAAAUGCAGGUGCUCAGCAUGACGUGGCCCAAUAUGGAAAUCACACUGGUCGACUCCAUCUCAAGCUCGAUACAGAGGCUGGAGUUUGCAGUAGAGUCAGCGGAGCAAGCCAAUGCCAUUGUUGACCGACUUGUGCUCAUGCAAUACCGCCUGCGGUAUUUGCGACGGAUCAAAUUCAACGUCAUAAACGAAGUAAUCGCGACGUCGAUCGAAGAAGAAAGCAAUUCGAGCCACUUCGGUUUCUCCAUGCCAAUUCAGAAUCUAGCAGCGGAUAUUCGAAGCCCUUUCAAGAUCUCUUGGGCUAUCUGGCAGCCUCUGCCGUCCAGAUAA